AUGAGGUUCACAGAACACUUCGGGGAAAAUUAUUGUAUCUGGGAAUUGGAAACAAAGGAUCCGUCCAUGAUGAUGAAAGCCAGGCUGAAUAUGUUGGACUUGAAAGUUAACUUCCAGGAAGUAACUCCUCGAGGUGGAGCAAGAUGGGUUGCAAAGCCUCAGCCAUAUUUUGCCGAAUCACAACGGAAUUUUACCAUAAUCUCUGGACAAACAGCCUAUCUCAAGUGUAGGGUGCAUAUGUUGGGGGAUCGGCAGGUAACGUGGAUGAGAGUGAGGGAUUUCCAUAUUUUGACUGUAGGUGUCAUCACUUACUCGGCUGAUCAAAGAUUCCAGGUUCUGCACAGUACAGAAACAGACGACUGGACGUUACAGGUACAGUACGCGCAGCCUCGAGACUCAGGUUCUUACAAAUGCCAAGUGAAUUCGGACCCUAAAAUAGCCCGCAGUGUCUACUUGAGCGUAACAGACAAGAGUCAACUGGAGGCGCUCAUAUCGAUGAAUUUUCCGAGCAGCGAAAAUAACGGCGGUUACGGAACGCACAUCACGGGAGGGAAGGAGCGGUUCCUGCAGGCUGGUUCCUCUUUGUCACUCGAGUGCGUAGUAACUCACACUCAAACUGCUCCCGCAACUGUGAUGUGGUACCACGACGAUACUGUCGUGGAUUAUGACUCUCCCAGAGGAGGAAUUUCUGUACAGGUAGAAAAAACAAUAGAUCAGACAACGUCAAGGUUACUGCUGUCUUCAGUGGAGACUCAAGAUUCUGGAAAUUACACCUGUUAUCCAGUCCUCGCUCCUUCCGCAUCGGUCUCCGUCCACAUCAGCAAUGACGAAUUGAGAGCAGCAGUACAGCAUCCCGAGGGAGUUGGCGCUGCUGCACCGUCCCGUGGGAAUGUUGCCAGCGUAUUCACGUUAAUGGUUGUAUCCUUUGUCUUCAGGUGCAUUGAAGGAACAUGAUUCUGUCCCGAAUUCCUCUUCCUUGCCUUCAAGAUCUUAGCUGAAUGAGAUUGUCCUUGGAUAUGUCAGCGAACAAACGAUGGUGCCCCACUGUGAUAAUGACCCAGUUCUGGCAAUCCACCAUACAGCUGCAGACGAUGAAGACCCAAGAUCUUACCAGGGCAUGAGACACACACACAUAUGGACCGUCUGCCAUUUUUUGGCCUCUUGUGAUACCUCAGGUAUGUUGUCCAUAGUACCAAGCUCGUCCCCUGAUAGGUUGACCUACCUAAGUUCACCAACCAGUGAACGGCCCAGACACACCUAAGUAGGCCUAAGCUGCCCUCGGAAUAUGGAGGACCAAUGACCAACCAUGUCCACCACCUAGGCCUAAACUGCCCUCGGAAUAUGGAGGACCAAUGACCUACCAUGUCCACCACCUAGGCCUAAGCUGCCCUCGGAAUAUGGAGGACCAAUGACCUACCAUGUCCACCACCUAGGCCUACGCUGCCCUCAGAACCAAUGACCUACUAGGUCCACCUCUGAAAAAGACUGCCAAGACUUUCCUGGAAGAAACAUUCACUGAAGUUGACGGUAGCUGCCUGGCAAGAGUUGGACACAUGCAGUCAAAAUCUUCCCCCUCGCUGAAGCCUAGAGUCCUAGACAACACACCGAAAGUGAGGAAAUCUAAAAAAGUUGAAGACGUGUGUCUGUACAUAGAGGGGCAUGCAUUGGGGCCAAGCCCUGUCUGAGUCAGUGGUUAGAAGUCAAGUCUUAUGUCAGAUAUCUCCAAUAAUUGCUUCUAAUGUUCUAAAGAAAGAGGUAACUUUCCUAAGUGAAAACUUACUUCAUAAAUCGGAAAACAUUUGUCAUGUUAUUUUCUGAAAGCAGAAAAGUUCUUGUCUCCUUUGACAUGUAAUAGCCCAAGUAUGUGAUAGUGUAACUGAGGCAUCACCCUGAAAUAAUUUGUGAAAGCCUUCAGCUAUAAUUUAUUGAGAUUGUGGAAUGGUCCUUAAAUGGCGUUACACCACCUCUUACAAAUUACAGAGACUAUGGAUGACGUUGCAUUUUCAUGCAUUUAUAUGCUUUGUAGUGUUGUAUUUUUUGGUGGAUUGUUAAUUGUAUUACUCUAUGUGAUAUGAGUUAUAUGUUCUUUGCUUAACCUUUCAAAAUUUGUCAAACGAUUAUUGUUAAACGUGUCGUAAAUUAUUCACGUUUUAAGUGAGACGUACCAGUGGUAGCCAAUGUUGGCUUUUGUUGAUUAUCUGGGUGUCCUUACUGUGAUUGACAUCUCAUUAUAUUAUUUUUUUCCAAAUGGUUGUGAAUUUUGUACUGUAAACUUUCAUUCUGAGUGUUGGUAUUGCUAUGAAUAUUAUCGUAUCACUUUUGUGAGCGUGUGUGUAUGCUGUUUGUCUUAUUAACCCAUCUGGAUUUGAGUUUAUUUGGUACGGGCUGUGACGGAUGAUUUUGUGUUGCAAAAUAAAAUGAAAUAGAAACUUCUCUUUA